AUGGCGAACGGUCACCGCCUCCUGCUGGAGAACGCGCGGCAAGUGGUGCUGGUGUGUGCUCACGGCGAGCGCUUUCUGGCCGGGCCCGCGCUGCGCAGCCUGGCAGUGCUGGAGGGUGCCAGCUUGGUUGUGGGAACUGAUGGGUUUAUAAAAGCUAUUGGCCCUGCUGAUGUUAUCCAAAGACAGUUUUCUGGAGAAACUUUUGAAGAAAGAAUUGACUGCUCUGGGAAAUGCAUCUUACCGGGUUUGGUGGACGCACACACGCAUCCUGUGUGGGCUGGUGAAAGAGUCCAUGAGUUUGCAAUGAAGUUGGCAGGGGCUACGUACAUGGACAUUCACCAGGCCGGAGGAGGGAUCAACUUCACCGUGGAGCGCACUCGCCAAGCCUCGGAGGAGGAACUGUUCUGCUCCUUCCAGGAGCGGCUGCAGUGCAUGAUGAGGGCUGGCACCACGCUGGUGGAGUGCAAGAGCGGCUAUGGCCUCAACCUGGAGACCGAGCUCAAGAUGUUGCGUGUGAUCGAGCGCGCCCGGCGGGAGCUGCACCUGGGCCUCUCGGCCACUUACUGCGGGGCUCACUCAGUCCCCAAAGGAAAAACUGCCAUUGAAGCCGCUAAUGACAUCAUCAGUAAGCACCUGCCAAGGCUGAAGGAACUCUGCAAAACUGGGGAACUACAUGUUGACAACAUAGAUGUGUUCUGUGAGAAGGGUGUCUUUGAUCUGGAUACCACCAGACGGAUUCUUGAAGGUGGAAAAAAGAUGGGGUUGCAGAUCAACUUCCACGGGGAUGAACUCCACCCGAUGAAGGCUGCCGAGCUCGGGGCUGAACUAGGAGCACAGGCGAUCAGUCACCUGGAGGAAGUAAGUGACGAAGGCAUCACUGCCAUGGCUGCAGCUAGGUGUUCUGCUAUCCUUCUGCCCACCACAGCCUACAUGCUGAGGUUGAAGCAGCCUCGAGCCAGGAAGAUGCUAGAUGAAGGAGUCAUAGUUGCCCUGGGCAGCGAUUUCAACCCCAAUGCAUACUGCUUUUCAAUGCCGAUGGUCAUGCACCUGGCCUGUGUGAACAUGAGAAUGUCCAUGCCGGAGGCCUUGGCUGCUGCCACCAUCAAUGCAGCUUAUGCGCUGGGGAAAUCUCACACACACGGAUCUUUAGAAGUUGGCAAGCAGGGGGAUCUUGUCAUCAUCAAUGCAUCCAGAUGGGAACAUCUGAUUUACCAGUUUGGAGGCCAUCAUGAAUUAAUUGAUUAUGUUAUAGCUAAAGGAAAAGUCAUCUAUAAAAAGUAA